AUGAGCUUCCGUCCGACACUGAGAUUGGCGCAAAAGGUUGCAGACCACACGAAAUAUCAUCAAGAGCCAAAGGGAAUCUGGGCUCAAGCUAAGAAGUGGCUUGCGGUGAACCCAGAAAUAAGUUCAGGAGUGAUUGACCACCAUCAAUUCCGUACAAUUCCACCUGCAUCAAGACCGGAGAAGUACGUUCAGCCAAUCAGUAAAUCAUAUGAUAUCGCUGAGAAUCCAUACUACAAGCGUGAUGUUAGAAGAGCUUACCCAAGAACUUCACACAUUUCACAGAAUGAUCUUGCCCAAUUACUUAUUUCAAGCCCAGAAAUGAAGGCCCUUCCAAACCCACAAGAGCCACAAACUAAGGCACUCGCUCAAGUAAAGGAUUCACCAGAGACUUUAGAUUUGGCUCAAGUGAUAGACGCUCUUCCAGCUGCUCACUCACCAUUCACCGGUAUCCCACCAACGCCGCCAUUCCGUCCAAAUCCACUCACCCAAACCCAAGGUGCGCCUGUAAAAGAAGGCGCAUACUUCCCAAUGCGCUUGUUCAAGUAA